GAUGUACGUAAACGUUGGAAACGGUUAAAACUUCUUGUAAACGGUCCACAAGAUUUUCUGGAAUUAGUACUUGCAUUGCCGUUAUUACCAGCUGGAAAAAUUGAAAAUGCAGUUAAAAUACUGAAGAGUAAAAUUAAAGAGUACGAUGUAAUUUACAAACGGAAAUUAGAAAUGUUCAUGAAAUACAUCUGCAGAACCUGGGUAAAAGUUGCAGAUGCUUUGUCCGUUACGAAUUUAGAACAACGAACGAAUAAUAUCAGCGAGUCGUUCAAUAGUAGAGCUACUGCUCGUUUCGGAGGGAUUCAUCCGAAUAUUUGGACAUUUUUAGAAAUUCAAAAAGAACAGUAUAAUGAAUUGAGGACUGAGGUACUAGAUAAACAAGAAGAGCAACAUAAUAUAAUAAAAAAUAUUUUACAAAACGGGUUCAAAGAAAUGUUAAAAAACCAUCAUGAGCAGAGGUUAAUAUUAGAGGCUAUUGCCAAGAAAGAGCAAAACACCAGUGCUGACAUGCAAAAUCAACAUCAUCUAAUGUUAAACGACAUUUUUGAACAUGACGAAAUCCUUUCAAAAAUGCCAUUUUCGUCUGACGACGAAAUAAAUACUUUUGAUGAGAAAUUGACUGAUAAAGAAUUCAAAGUUUUGACUGCAAGAGCGUACAGCAGCUUGGGAUCUACCACACCUAAAGAUUGUGUGGUUGCUAUGAUGACAAAAACAUUCAAAAACUCUGUAGCUGCUGGAUGGAGUUGGACUGGGAGGGUGAAAGGAAAGAAUGAUUUUAAAGUAAAAAAAAAUAUUGUCUGUAUCCUUAGAAGUGUUGCAAGGAGAAAGUAUGGUUUGAACACUGUCACAGAGAAUGAUGUAAAACAAUGGUGCUCCGAGUGGCUUAAACAUGCCCCUAAACGCAGAAACCGUGAGAAUGAGAAAAUAUUACGAACGAUUCAAGAGAAUGAGGCAUUGGAAGAUUUAUUGAACACAGAAACGGAAAUGUAAUACUAAGAUUGUUAAAAAUGUUUGUACAUAUUAAAUAUAUUUAAAAUAUUAUAAUGAAUAAAAAACAUUAAGUUUAAGAAAAUAUAAUUUAAA